AUUUCUUCACAAUUUCACACACAUUGGUAUUUGGUAAAAGGGGAUUUCGUUGCGCUCAAAAAGAUCAUCUCAAAAGAACUAGUAACUAUUAAAUAAAUUACUGUAUCUUAAAAUACACAAUGUACUAUACUGUUAUAGGAUUAUUACUAUUUUAUACGGUUGGAUCGUAUGGCCUAUACGAUUCAUCCAGUGAUGUUAUUGAAUUGACGCCAAAUAAUUUUGAUAAGCUAGUUUUAAAUUCUGAUGAAGUAUGGAUUGUAGAAUUUUUUGCUCCAUGGUGUGGUCACUGCAAAAACCUGGUUCCUGAAUAUAAAAAGGCAGCUAGAGCGUUAAAGGGUAUUGUCAAAGUAGGAGCUGUAAAUGCAGAUGAUCACAAGAGUUUAUCACAAAAGUAUGGAGUUACUGGAUUCCCCACUAUUAAAAUAUUCACAGGCAGUAAACACACACCAUACCAGGGUCAGAGAAAUGCAGAAUCAUUUGUAGAUGCUGCUCUUAAAGCAGCCAAAGAAAAAGCUUAUGAAAAUCUUGGAAAGAAAGCUGGAGGUUCAUCAUCUUCAGACAAGUCCGAUGUGAUCACGUUGACGGACAGCAACUUCAAGGAGCUGGUGCUGGACAGCGAAGAUCUGUGGCUGGUGGAGUUCUAUGCACCUUGGUGCGGUCACUGCAAAAACUUGGAGCCUCACUGGGCAAAGGCAGCAACUGAACUUAAGGGCAAGGUGAAAGUAGGCGCUUUGGACGCGACUGUUCAUACCAUGAUGGCGUCCCGGUACCAAGUGCAGGGAUAUCCCACCAUCAAGAUGUUCCCGGCCGGCCGCAAGACGAGCGAUUCUGUGGAAGAUUACAAUGGCGGCCGCACUUCCAGCGAUAUCGUCACUUUUGCCUUGGAGAAGCUCGCUGAAAAUGUGCCAGCACCGGAAAUUAUUCAGGUAGUGGACGAAGAGAGCAUGAAGGCUUGCGCUGACAAACCCUUGUGCGUGGUAUCGGUAUUGCCUCACAUUCUGGACUGUGACGCCGCCUGUAGAAACGCUUAUAUCGCCGUACUAGCUAGACUCGGCGACAAAUACAAGAACAAGAUGUGGGGAUGGGUAUGGGCUGAGGCCGGUGCACAGCCAUCACUAGAAGAGGCCCUUGAACUAGGCGGAUUCGGGUAUCCGGCGAUGGCCGUCGUCAACGCCAAGAAACUAAAGUUCUCCACUCUCAGGGGGUCCUUCUCGGAGACCGGCAUCAACGAGUUCCUCAGAGACCUGUCGUUCGGUCGCGGGCAGACUGCCCCAGUGAAGGGCGCUCAAAUGCCUUCGGUGUCUAAAACAGAACCCUGGGACGGUAAAGACGGCGAAUUGCCGCCCGAGGAGGACAUUGACCUCUCGGACGUUGACCUCGAGAAGGACGAGCUGUAAAUCUUCCAAGUCUGAUCUAGCGUUAGCAAGAAUCAACUAAGUUACGGAAAACUUGUGUUUUUUACUUUUUGUGGAACGUGUUUUUAAUGUUCUUUUAUCGAGAGGUGUUAAAUGUGUCGCUAUGCACACUUGAAAUUCUGAAUUUUAUUCUGCCAUUAAAAUUCCAAAUGUAGCCUAAAACUGCCUACAAGUUUUAGUUUGUAAUCUAUAAUUAAUUUGUAUCUGCAGAC